GAUUAUAUAUAUUUUAGGAGUACACAGAUGUCUAUGCUUAGCUGAUAGAGUAGUAGUAUAGCGAUGGCUGACAAUGUGGAAGCUGAAAAUAAACCAGCUGGUCAAGUAAGCACUACUGAAUCAAAAAGCAGUUCAGAAAAGCUAGAAACAUCAGAAAGUAAAACAAAUGGUACAGAUACGCAACAGGCAAAGAAUUCAGCGCCAAAAGAAUCUGAAAAGGUGGAAUCAGUAAAUCUGGAUAAACCUGAUACUAAAAAGUCAAAGCAGUAUUCUAAAAAAUCAAAUAAAGGUUCCAAGAAAAAUGUCAAGUCAGAAUGUGAUAAAAGUGAUACCUCUACCUCUGAACAGGAAACCAAUAGUCCUAUGCAAUCAAAAGACUCAACAGUGCCAAAUACCAGGCAGGAUACUGCCAGAGAAGGCAAUGCGUCAAAUAAUUCACCAGAUCAUGCUGAAGAAUCAGAUGAAGAUGAUGAAGGAAUAGGUCUUGGAGAUUGUGCUGAUAUGGACAGUGACUCAAGAAACAAAAUGUUUGAGAAAGGUCUAAACUUUGAAAAAAAUGGAAAAAGAAAUAGAGCACUGAAAUGUUACUUGGCAUGUUUAACUGGUUUGAAGCCAGAUACAAGGUUUCCAUUACUUCCACAAUGCCUCAGAAAUAUUGCUGAUAUAUUUUAUCACAAAGAAGAAUAUGAUAAAGCUGUUCAUUUCAUCCAGGCAGAAAAAGUAUAUUACGAAAGUGCAUUGAUAGACACAACUGAUAUACAACAUAAACUAGAGGAAGCCCAGUUGAAGGGAGGCACGUUACAACCAAACAUGACAACAGACACAGUGAGAGCAUCAGAAUAUGAACAUUUGGCUAGGCUCUGUUUAGACAGGGAACAACCCCAGUUAGCUUUAGAGUAUGCAGGAAAGGCUACAAAGUUACGACAACAAGUUUUGGGUGACAAGGAUCCUGUCACUGUAGAAAGUCUAGACUUCUUUGCAACUGUUUAUGCCAAGGUUGGAGCGGAACAAUAUGAAGAAUCAUUAAAGAAGUUUGCUGACAAACCAGAGGAAGGUGAUGAUGCUGAGGGAUCACCACAGACAGAAGAUGGGGAACAGAAGGAACCAGUUUCUAUUCUCAGAAAACGUAAAAUUAGUGAAAAAGAAAAGAAAGUGCACUUUGAUGAAUCACAGCUUCAGAGCAAUGAACAAAUACAGCAUGAGGAGAAGUUUGCCAAGACUGUAUUAUGGGCGUUACUAGUUGUGUGUUGUAUACUGCUGAUUAUCCUAGGAUUAUACCUAUAUUGUAACUUGGUAGGAUCCAAUGCAUGUACUAAAUUAAAAUCUGAUCUACACUAUGGAUAUAUGAGACUGAAAUACUGGUAUUAUCAGUACCAGGCUGGACCUAAUGCUAAAUUUAUGUAAUUGUAUUGAAAACUGUUCAAUUGUUUUACAUUCAUCACAUUUAUGAACCAACUUUUAAACUUUAAUGAAGGGCUUUGGUUUUUUGCAUCCAUGUCAGAAAUUUGUUUUUCAAGUACAUUUUUAAAUCAUUAUAUGAGUGUAAAUGACAUUUGAUUUUUGAAUUAUAUUUUUUGACAUUUUUCACCAUCUUCUAUAAACUAAUUGAAUAUUCAUUAGGGGAGACAACUUUUCCUUAAAAAUAAAAAGUUGAUUCGUAACUUUCUACAUGCAAUAAACUGUCUGUUCACAUUGAGCAAACCAUUUGAAGCAAAAGUUCACUCACAAUCUCCAAGUAAUAUGGACGCAUGUUGCCAAUUAUAAUGUGUUGCACAAACUGGCUCAACUUUUUCUGAAGAUUCAAUUUUGCAAUGAUUUAGAUUAAAGAGACAAAUGUCUCCGCUCAUUGUGGACACGCUUGUAAAACACUCGACUCGAGGUCUUUUCCAUUAAAAUUAAUGUCAUGAACGUGGGAGGAUAAAAAGGAUAAAGGGAAGUUUUAUUCAUGGACACAGGUUGGGUGUCAAUGUGAUUGCAUGUACAUGUGUAUUUGAUGUUUGCAAAAUUACAUGCAUGAAGAAAGUAUGUAUGUUGUUGAAAGGAGUUUUGAAGUGUCUUCCUACCCACCUUAUCCAUUGAAAUGGAAUAACUCUAAGCUACUGCUAUGUAAAAUAAGGUGGUGUUGUAUGAUUAUUCUACUUUUCUUAUAUUCUAUUGUAUCUCAGGGCUUUGUAUUCUCAUAUCUAUAAAAGGGGGAAUUAUCUUGCUGAUGAUGUUUGCUCACAGGAACCUUCAAUUUGUAUACUAUUUGUAUAUCUUUUGAUGCCAUAUUGUUAUUCAGACUUUUUAUAACCAAAUGAGACCUUUAAGUAAAAGCCAGGUAUGAUCAAAUUUGAAAAAAGUAUCCCAUACAAAUUUGUAAUUUACUGGCACAAAUUGGACAAAUAUAUAUGCAUUUAGAAAUGGUUAAUUUCCUUUUCUAUGGAAUCUGUACAUUAUGUAUAGUGUGAAUAUUUUUUUUAUUUAUUUAUUUUGUUAAUACUUCCCAUGAAUUGGGAAACAUUAUAUUUUACGGAUAUCACAUAAACAAAUAAAAAUAAAUAAGUGUGUCUCCAUUUUGUAUAUAUUUUUGUCAGACAUAUUUCAACAGAAAUGUUUUUUUUCUUUCGAUAAGGCAAUAUACAUGUAUAUGCAAAUUAUAUUUUAGAAUUAAUAUGUUUUACACUAAUUUUUAGCACUUUUCUAACUUUAUAAACCGAAUACUUCACAUCAUUUAGAAUAUUUGUGUUUUUCAAUAUUAUUAUAUUUAACCAUAUAUAAGUAAAAAGCAGAAUCCUGCAUUUGGAAUUUCAUCCAUGAAAGAUGGAAUCUGAAAAAUAUUUCCCCAAUGGAUUCUUUAAUAAAGUGAAAGAAUUUUAAAAACAAAGGAAAUGAAAAUUUUGUUGAUUGGGCGGUAAAUCAAAGGUCAAAAUUAACCAACUCAUGGGUUGAAUUACAUAAAAAGGAAUACUAUUAAAUUUACAAAGCAUGGAAAAUGAAAAGUUUGUGGGUAUGGCCUGAAAAUUAUUAGUCAAAAUUAAAAAGAAAAAAAGGACUGAUUUUUAAAGAAUUGAAAUGGUUACUAUUUCAAUUUAUUUUUUUAAACUUUUAAUUAUGUUAUGUAGAUUGUAGUGUUGUUUAUUAAUACAUUAAUUUAAUAUUUUUCCAUAUAUUUACAAAAACCAAACCUGAUACAUUUUUGUCAUUAAUGGUUUGCAUUUAUAGAUAUCUAUCGUAAUAACACACUUUAUAAUUGUUUUGUUUGAAAUGAUUCAUGGAAUCAUUAGUUGCUUAUUAUAAUAAUUCAUUGAGUUUAAAUGAUUUAUUAACAAAAUAUCUUUAUUUAUUAUACUUUUGUGAUAUAAUAUGAUUUAUAAACGAAAUAAACUAAUUUAGUAUACUUUUGUGAUAUCAUAUAUAAGGUAUAGUUGCUUCUUUCCCAUUAAGGAGGUGAGAAAAACCUGAAAAUACAAAAGAAAUAUUUGGAAAAUACGGAAUAUGUUUCAUAAAGGGAAAUAUGCCAAAAGUUAAAAAUUUCACUUUUGUAGUAAAGACAUAAUAGAACAUAACAUUUCUACUAAAAUGUAGAAAAAUUGUGAAAUUAUAUUACAAGAAAAAAAUCAACAAAUCUUUUUUUCCCUUAAAUUUAAAGAACUGUACAUUUGAUUGAAGAAUGACCAUCAAAUGCUAGUGUACAUUUGGCAUAUAUUGGUAUAAAUCUUUAUUUACCAAAUGCUACAAACCAGUGGUAGUUUUCACUAAAAAAACUUAUGACUGAGAUCAUAAGUAUUAUGAAUUGUUCUUGACUUACAAUCAAUAUUAGUUAUAAGUUUUUUUGUGAUUUACAUUGUACUCUUAAAAGUGUUUUGUUAUCUGAUUUUAAUCUGUAAAUCUAAGUUGAAUUUUAAAACCAUCUGGAUGUCUAACAGCUAUUUAUUGCAAUUGUUCUUCUUUUAGUUUAAAAAAACUCACAUAUGCCAAUUUAAAUUAAAGAUAAUGUUAUCUUUUAAUUCCUUCUGCUGUUUGUUUGUCAUAAUUUCAGAAAUCAGAAUGUACCUCAUACUAAUCAUGCUAAUAAGAAAGUGAUUUUUUAUAUUUCAUGGAAGCUGGUCUUCUAUAUGUUUGUAGAUGAUUAAUAAAACUGUUAUGAUUA